AUGGACAUCCCCGUUCGAGAGCACCAUCAACAAUUGAACACUAUGUCGGAAUCCGCUUUUCCUCUAGACGAACUGAGUCAUUCUAUCACCAAGAAUGCUGGGAUCGUGAGCCAGUUCUUGACGGCCCACCACUUACCACAGCCAUCUUUCAAUAGUGAUGGUCCCAGUGUGGUUCUACCAACAGGCUCACCUCAGAGUGUCCAUGAAGCCCGGGAGAACCUCAUUGCCGCUGCCCUAGAAAUUCUGCAUUUGGCCGUUGGACCUAGCGAGUUUCUUCCGCAUCUCGCCACUGGUUUUCAAUAUAUCUCCUGUCUUCAUUGGCUGUGCCAAUUUGAUGUAUUCCGCCUGGUCCCUCUCAAUGAGACCAUAAGCUAUGCCGAUCUGGCUGCAGUGGCUCAUGUGCCUGAGCAACGACUCAAAAGCAUCGUCCGCAUGGCCAUGACAAACUUCUUAUUCCGCGAGCAUCCCGAUGGAAGAAAGGUUGGUCACUCAGCAACAUCCGCGCUCCUGGCACGCAAUGAGGAUGUCCACGCGUAUGCGCUCUACAUGUCUGCCCGGACCGCGCGCUGCGCCAUAGAGAUGGCCCCGGCACAUCAGAAAUGGGGGGCAGGCAGCACCCGCACAUAUGAGACCGCAUUUAACCUGGCUUAUCACACUGACUUGCCUUUCUUCGAGUUUCUGUCACGGAACGAAGCCUUCAUGGCCGAUUUUGCCCAGUAUAUGCGGAACGUGCGAAGUAGUGAGGGUGUGGACAUCAAACAUCUAGUUGGAGGCUACGCAUGGCAGGAUAUUCCCGAUGGGGGAAUGGUAGUCGACGUCGGAGGAUCGACAGGCACGUCAGCGAUCGCGCUGGCCAAAGCAUAUCCCCACCUUACAUUCACCGUACAAGAUCUUCCCGCGAAUACGGAAAACGGAGUCAAAGCUGCAGAAGCCCUACCAGCAGACAUCACGACACGAAUUACCUUUCAAGCUCACGACUUUACCCAUCCACAGCCAGUGCAAGGCGCAAAUGCCUAUCUCCUCCGGAUGAUCUUGCACGACUGGUCGGACGCUGAGGCUACCACCAUUCUGAAGCAUAUUGUAACGGCAAUGGACAGGACCAGGUCUCGGUUACUGAUCAUGGAUACUGUACUCCCAAAGCCGGGGUCCGUUCCGGUCUCGGAGGAGCGCAUUAUGCGAGCUCGUGAUUUGACAAUGAUGCAGGCUUUUAAUAGCAAGGAGCGGGACUUGGAGGACUGGAAGGAACUUUUUGCUGCUGCAGAUCGCAGAUUACAGCUGGUCAAGGUUUCCCAGCCGUUCGGUAGUGCCAUGUCGGUGCUGGAAUUAGUAUUGGCUUAG